AUGUACGCCCCCUGAAUUUUUCAGUUAAACCCCAAAACUCUACAAGGAAACAUCGAAACUUCAAUUUUUACUUUACUUUUACAAAAUAACAUCAGAAUGUUUGAGUCUUUCGAUUGGACUUUAGGACUAGAUUUGAAGAGCUUUCGCGAUGUGAAACAGCGUAUAGUGAGAAAAAUCGGGGAUCUGGAGCACCAAGGAGCUAAGUGGGGUCGCCUCAUCGGCAUUGAAGAUGGCAAGGAUGAUGCUUUCCUUCGUUUCAUGAAGAAGAACAUCUAACCCGGUUAACAAAAUUGACAAAAAUGCGUAUUGCAUGUUACUUUAAAGCCAUACAAGAAUACACUUGUUCGAUAUACAAAAUGCAUUACCUUGCGUAAACAA